UAAUUUAUAAAUCCAAUCACUUUAUUUAUUGUUCCACAUGUUUAUCCUAUUCCUUUAAAAGUAUACUAAACGAAAUAUUAAGAAUCAUCCACAUAUUACUAUAAAACCAAAGUAUUCAGUUGUUCUGAUUACAAGAUAACUAAAGCAACAUGUGAUUCCUAUCACAUGCUAUCGAUCAUGAAGAAAAAGUUUCAUUCAGUCUUGCGCUUGCGUCUCUUGAAUCAUUUUUUUUAGAAUUGUUCUUUACAUAUCGACGACUUCAGUCAGUGUUAUGCGCCGCAAGUGUCAACAUGCGAUCAAGUAAUAUCGACGAUCUUCCCCUGAAUGAUCGUUAUGAAAGCGAUAUACAUUAUACAUUUCAAUUCUGCCAUUGGAUUUUAAAACCAUUAGGCAUCUAUUAUUUUAUCUACAAUCAAGCGAAUAAAUUCGAAAAAAUUUUGUCCAUGGUCCUAAUCCUGAUCUGCUUUUUCAUAAUACAAUUCGUCAUCGUGCCGUUCGGUUACUAUAUUCUAUUCUACGAGAAGGAUAUGAAUACGAAAAUUAAAUUUUUAGGACCGUUGACAUUUUGUUUAAGUGCGCUAUUCAAGUAUAGUUAUCUUGGCAUAAAAAGUUCAGAGCUUGGUCAUUGCAUAAAACAUGUGGAAAAAGAUUGGAAGAUGUUGCAAAAUGAGGAUCAUCGUGUCAUUAUGUCACGAUAUGUAAUCAUGGGCAGAAAUCUAAUCACAUUAUGCGCAGCUUUCAUGUACACUGGUGGCUUGUCUUAUCAUACCAUUAUGCCAUUGCUUUCGAAAAGGAAAGUUGAGAAUUUUACAAUUAGACCACUUACCUAUCCUGGUUAUGAGGCAUUUCUCAAUAUUCAAAAAAGUCCCACGUAUGAAAUUAUAUAUUGUAUGCACUGUAUUUAUGUUAUCGUCGUAGGUAAUAUCACAAUGGCCGCGUACAGUUUAACGACAAUCUUCAUCACUCAUGCCUGUGGACAGAUUAAGAUACAAAUGUUACGAUUGGAGAACUUGAAGAACGAAAAGAAAGUAUUAGAAACAGGUAUCGAGAGUCAUCUGGCGGUUGUUGUCAAGAAUCAUGUGGAAAUUUUAAGAUUUGCGAAAAACGUUGAAACAACAUUACGUGAAUUAUUCUUAGUAGAAGUGAUAGUGUCGACUUUAUUAAUGUGUUUGCUUGAAUAUUACUGUAUGGUGGAAUGGGAAACCAGCGAUUCGGCUGCAAUAUUAACAUACGUCAUUCUUUUAUUUUCUUUUACUUUCAAUAUAUUAAUAUUUUGUUACGUAGGAGAACUUCUUCUUGGACAGGGUAGUGAAAUCGCGACUGCUUUGUAUGAAAUAGAAUGGUACAACUUACCUGGAAGAAAAGCUCGUGAUAUUAUUUUAUUGCUCGUUAUAUCGAAAUAUCCGCCCAAACUUACAGCUGGCAAAAUAUUUAUUCUAUCGAUGAAUACUUUUAGCGUUGUCUUAAAAUCAUCAGUAGUUUAUUUGAACAUGUUGCGAACGAUCACUGAACUGUGAUCAAUAUUCCUAAAAUAUGUUAAAAAUGAAAUAUUGUAUCUUGAUAUAAUUCAAUAUUCUGGACUUAAUCUGAAAAUUAU